CCACCCGCAGCCCGGGCUCCCCGGCUCUGCUCUGCCCUCGGCCGUUGCGCAACCUCACCAGAACUCCGCGCUCCGCUCUGCUCUCCCCACUUGCUUAAAGAGGUCCCAGGAUUCUUGAGCUGUGCCCAGCUGACGAGCUUUUGAAGAUGGCACAAUAACUGCCCAGUGAUGCCUGACCAUGACAACACAGCCCUCUUAAGCCGGCAGACCAAGAGGAGAAGAGUGGACAUCGGAGUGAAACGGACAGUUGGGACCGCGUCUGCAUUUUUCGCCAAAGCCAGAGCGACAUUUUUCGGUGCCAUGAAUCCCCAGAGCUCGGAGCAGGAUGUGGAGUACGCGGUGGUGCCACACGCAGACGGGGAGAAGUCCAAUGUGCUCCGCAAGCUGCUGAAGAGGGCGAACUCGUACGAAGACGCGAUGAUGCCCUUUCCAGGAGCGACCAUCAUCUCCCAGCUGUUGAAAAAUAACAUGAACAAAAAUGGUGGCAGCGAGCCCAGUUUCCAAGCCAGCGGCCUCUCCAGCACGGGCUCCGAGGUCCAGCAGGAGGACGUGUGCAGCAGCUCGUCGAGAGACAGCCCGCCCGAGUGCCUCUCCCCGUUUGGCAGGCCGGCCCUCAGCCACUUCGACAUGGACCGCUUCUGCGACGAGCACCUGCGUGCCAAGCGCGCCCGCGUGGAGAACAUCAUCCGGGGCAUGAGCCAUUCGCCCAGCGUGGCUUUGCGUGGCCACGACCCCGAGCGGGAGCUGGCGCCGCCGUCGGGGAGCCCCCGGGAGAGCUACCGGGAGAACAAACGCAAGCAGAAGCUGCCGCAGCAGCAGCACCAGAGCUUCCAGCAGCUGGUGUCAGCGCGCAAAGAGCAGAAGCGGGAGGAGCGGCGGCAGCUGAAGCAGCAGCUGGAGGACAUGCAGAAGCAGCUCCGCCAGCUGCAGGAGAAGUUCUACCAGAUCUACGACAGCACCGACUCCGAGAACGACGAGGAUGGUGACGAGCUGUCGGAGGACAGUGCUCGCUCCGAGCUCCUGGAGACGCGCGCCCCAGACUCUGGGGGCCGCUCUGACAGUGAGCUGGACCCUGGCCAGUUCAUUGACCGGGCCCGGGCCCUGAUCCGUGAGCAGGAGCUAGCCGACAGCAAGCCCAAGCGGGAAGGCAGUGGCAGCGGCAGCGGCAGCGGCGGCGGUGGUGGUGGCGGCAGUGGCGGGCACAAGGAGCGAGAGCCCGGGUCCCAUCCUGGAGGCAAGCACUUGGCGGAGACCCUGAAGCAGGAGCUGAGCUCGGCCAUGUCGCAAGUAGUGGACACAGUGGUCAAGGUCUUCUCGGCCAAGCCCUCCUCCCGCCAGGCGCCGCAGGUCUUUGCGCCACUACAGCUCCCCCAGGCCCGCUUUGCCGUCAAUGGAGAGAACCACAACUUCCACACGGCCAACCAGCGCCUGCAGUGCUUUGGCGAUGUCCUAAUCCCCAGCCCAUUGGAGUCCUUCGGCGGCAUGCAGAUGCCCGGGGCCACGGACCAGACCGAGGCACUGCCUCUGGUGGUGCGCAAGAACUCGUCGGAGCAGGCGGCCGCUGGGCCCCCAGCCGCUGGUGGCCACCACCAGCCCCUGCACCAGUCACCCCUGUCAGCCACGGCCGGCUUCACAGCGUCCACAUUCCGCCACCCCUUCCCCCUGCCCCUCAUGGCCUACCCAUUCCAGAGUCCCUUGGGCGCUCCCUCUGGCGCCUUUUCGGCUAAAGACAGAGCGUCUCCAGAAUCCUUGGACUUGACUCGCGAGACCACGAGUCUGAGGACCAAGAUGUCGCAGCACCUGAGCCACCAUGCCUGCUCUCCCGCGCACCCACCCAGCACAGCCGAGGGCCUCUCCCUGUCGCUCAUCAAGUCUGAGUGUGGCGACCUCCAGGACAUGUCUGAGAUCUCACCUUACUCAGGAAGUGCAAUGCAGGAAGGCCUGUCACCCAACCACCUGAAGAAAGCCAAGCUCAUGUUCUUCUACACCCGCUACCCCAGCUCCAAUAUGCUGAAAACCUACUUCUCUGAUGUGAAGUUCAAUAGGUGCAUCACCUCCCAGCUCAUCAAGUGGUUCAGCAACUUCCGCGAGUUCUACUACAUUCAGAUGGAGAAAUAUGCACGUCAGGCCAUCAACGAUGGCGUGACCAGCACUGAGGACCUGUCCAUCACUCGAGACUGUGAACUCUACCGCGCCCUGAACAUGCACUACAACAAGGCCAAUGACUUUGAGGUCCCGGAGAGAUUCCUGGAGGUCGCUCAGAUCACCUUGCGGGAGUUCUUCAAUGCCAUCAUUGCUGGCAAAGAUGUUGACCCUUCCUGGAAGAAGGCCAUAUACAAGGUCAUCUGCAAACUGGAUAGCGAAGUCCCCGAGAUUUUCAAAUCCCCCAACUGCCUACAAGAGCUGCUCCAUGAGUAGGAAUUUCAGCCUCUUUUUGAAUGUAUGAAAAGGAGCUGCCUCUCUGGAAGGCCCCCGUGUGCAUGUGUGGACACUGGUUUCCUGUAGCGUGGACGGGAGGCAUGGACAUGCUAUGAAGGCGUCUGGCUAUUCCUCUUCCUCCUUCUCUGCCUCCUCCUCCUCCCAUUUAUUUCAUAUUUUUUCCUUUCCCAGGGCGAAGGGACAAUUCUUUUCCUUCUGCCUUUCAGUUCACUUUUGCCCAGGGCCCUUAACAUGGGGAAAUUUCAAAAAGGGUUGGUUUUCUGGGACAAAGACGGUUGGAGUGUGGAAAGGAGAGUUUAAUGAGGAAGGGCAUGCAUGGGUGAUGUUUCCUCUUGCUGGGUAGUUUUUGCAAAGAGCAGCUGGUGGGGAAAGACUCCCCCAGACAGUGGGGCGGCCUCUGGUCCUGACCGUUAGGAUAGCCAGGAAACUCACUGAAACCACUUCAUGAGUUUGACUACUUUAUUUGGCUCACCCCAGUUGGAAUCUUUUCUUUACUUGUUUUCAAAACAUCACUGGUGGUGGACAAAAGCUUGUCAAAAGUACCCCCACCCCCCAAAAAAAAUACCUAAAUGCAAGAGGUAAAGAUAUUUUCCCUCAGAGAAGUGGCCAUUGCCCAACCGACCCCCACCCCCCACCCCAUGCCCCAAACUCCCAGACUAAGCUCACCAACCUCUUCUGGUGGCGAAGCAGUUUUGCACAAAAUCAACUCUUUCGAGCUGGGACUAGCAAGGCCCCCAGGUCGAGUCUCCUUACGGAGACCAGAGAGCCCUGAGAAAAGAAUCCUGACACUCACUACCACUUUCGAUUCAUUUUGCUUCAGAUAUUAAAUGGCUCCUAAGUUUGAUAUGUCCUCUUUGCUCAUCGGUGUGCUCACCAUAAUUAUUCGCUCCCUAUUGAACACCUUUUAGCCCCCUACUGUUUUCCAAAUCCCUUUCUAUUGUAAGGAAUGAAGACACCUAAACUUGACAAUGACAUUUCUGCCAUACUGGAGCACUGGCAACAGUUAGAGGCUGUGUCUCUUAUUUCAUUGAACGAAGAGUUUCUUCAUUAGAAAGUUCCUGAGAAAGCUUCCUCUAAGAGUGUGACCAAAGUGGGAGCUGCGGGUGUCAUGGCGGAAGGUUUGUGGAAACUCCUACUGAGUGCCCAAACUGGGGCUGGCGCUCAGCAUGCACUGGAAAACUAGCAGCUGUUUGAUCUUUCCUCCAUGUUUCUCCUCUUCUUUUUCUUUCUUCCAGAGUUUUCCAAAGAUCUACACAUCUCCUGCUUGCUAUUAAAGAGUUGUAUGCUUUGACACUUCUUGAAUCAGGUGGGCAGAUGCAGUAGAAAUGAUUUGUUGUAAUAGAAUUAUAGCACUUCCCCCCCAGGGUAGACAUGUACUCAGUAAUUUCAUCCAAGAGAAUCAUAAUACCACAAUCCCCCCAAAUUGUACUUAAACCAUAUUUGACUCUGAGAAAGAUGUAGGCUCAGCCCCUUACACAGACUCUCCUUCCUCAAUCAUCAGAAGGUUUUAUACAUGGCUGGGAAAUUCUACAGAUGGAAGAUGGGCAGAGGUAUUUCUGACCGGCUCAAGGCUGGAAAUCCUGCUGGCAUUCAUUGGCACUGUUUGGACACCAUUUAUUGCUAUGAGCAGCAAUGAUCAGCACCAAAACAGCUUCAUUCCUUAGUUCUGAUCAGCCAGGCCUGGCCCAGCUCCCUGACCCCACACACUGUGCUCUGAGCCACCAGCACCACCGGGUUCUCGUUUCUCAUCUCACAAGAACAAAAAUGAAGCCAUAAUGGCCAUAUCUUCAUUAUGGAUGUGAAUGCAAACCCUUUUCAGAAGUUCAGCUAGGGGUGUAGAGAGACACUGUCUCAGGAUGAGCUCAGGGCCUACCUCUGCUUAUAGGAAGGAAGUUAGGGCAAGUCCUUCAUGCCUGGAGCUAGAAGAGGGGUAGUCUCUGCUAUCCCUGGAAUCCACAUCAGCACUAGGCAUGCAGAUCUGGGGGGGGGGGGCUUUCAAUUAGGGACACAUUUCAAUGACAUCUUCUCCAUCUCUGAGUCCAAUGUCUGUGGUUUUUAGUUCUUUCUCUUUUUCUGAUAGAAAUUUAGAAUAUACCAGAGCAGGCUCCCUACAGAGCAUCUAGGUUAACAUCAUCUGUCCCUUUCAGUGCUCAGUUUAGACACUGCAACUGAAGGAAAAAGGCAGCUCUUGGUUCUCUCUCUCUCUCUCUCUCUCUCUCUCCCUCUCUCUCUCUCUUUUCCUGGGUAUUCCUUUCCCUACCCUACCUUAUUCUUUUGCAAUUGUAAAAUCUUUGUCAAAAAAAAAGAUACCCUCUCAGAAUUCCUAGGGCACAGUGUUUGGAAAUUCCCAAUCUUUCCUUCUUCAUUCACCCCUUUCCUAUUGAGUGACUUUGAUUACUCAGGAGAGAGUGGGGAUAAGGGAGGGACAGUUGAAAGUCCAUGUUGACCGCUUCCUCUCUGCUAAUCCUGAGUUGGUUUUUGUGUGUACAUGUGUGGUUAUAGUCUGUGCCUAGACCCAAAAAUGCACCAGCUAAGGGGAGGGGGUCGUUUUAUUUCUCUGGGGAGGGGAGAAAUCCUUCAAAUACCAGUUAUUUCCCACAAAUUCAAUUGUUGUUGUGCCUUCUGUGGCUUUUGACUCCAUCCUUCUGAUUUUAUUUCUGGUUACUAUCACUGCAAUAAACACUGGAUUUCUUUCUAGCUGUUGGACAUUUGUGAUAGCUAUGCAUCCUUUUGUGUCUUUUUUCAAGCAAAGCGGGAGACUACAUUUUUGAAGAAUUUUUAAAACAGUUUGAUACCGAAAAUUAUUUUUCCCCUCACUUGUUUGAGCAGCAUUCGGGAUUUGAAAAUUCUUGUAGAAGCAAUUUUGGGUAACUGUGGUGCAAACUUUGUGUUUUCUUAGCCUAAUGAAAAGUAGUCUAGAAGCAAUAUUUCAUGCCCUGUGCUCUGAGGACAUGUGCCUGUCUGCGCACAUAAACAGACAUACAUGCACUUGUAAAAAACAGACACACAUAUUUCUGUGUGUGAUGUGCGUGGAUAGCUGACUUUUUCCUCUCUAGAUUUAAGGACCUAUUUUAGACCUGUCAUACUUUGUGAAAAGAAUGUUCUAUUUGCAGCAAGACAGCAUUUCAUUCUUACUAUGUCUCUGGCUGUUUCAUGAGGACCACUUUGCAUUCUAUGGUCAGACAGCGUGGAAGAUACAGAAUGUGCUGAUUCUUUAAGAAACCUUCACCCGCCUAUUCCUGAAGUUUUCUUGGUGCCUCUAUGAGUCUUGUUUCAUGCGAGGAUUUCUUUUGCUGAAUUUGUGUUAUUGUGCUAGGGGUGUGGGUGAAGAACAUUUUUAAAAAAUGUUUUCAAAAACAAAACAAAAAAAUAAAGCAAAAACUAAAACCACGCAAGCAAGAGGGGAACUUUUAUAAAGCAAUGUAAAUAUUACAAAUCAUAGUUGUCAUUGGGUCCAUCCAGGAUCCGAAGACUGCCUCUUACCACCUCUGUUGAAUCCAGUUGGAGUCUCCACUGGCCGCAUAGAUACUGGAAGCAGAGUGCUCCCCGCCUACCCUCUCUUCCAAAGGGGAUACUUCAUCGGCCACAAGUGUGAGGGUGAUAUAGCUUCUGUAAAUUGAUGAGAUUUCUUUUCUAUGUACAUGAAGACAUUGAAUGAGUAACUCCCGGGAUAAACACACACAUAUACAUAUGCCCCACACUCACACACACAUAUAGACAGACAUAGAUGCAGGCUGAUAUAAGUUGUAAAGCUAAAGAUUUUGGGGCUUUCCUUAGAGGAUGUCUCUCUCUCUCUCUCACCCCAAUGCAUCAUAAGUUCAUCAAAGAGAUAAGCGACUUGUGGAUCCCCAGGAUCCACAGUGUUUGUGUCAAAAGACAGAACCCAACCUCUUUGCCAUGUAUAUUCUGGAAUCUUCUUCAUUGGUGUGGAUUGUCCAUGUUUUCUUUUGUACAAACUCUGUGUUUGCAGAUUCCCAGCAGCAUUGUUUUCCAAAAGCUACCCUUUAAAGACUAACUGAUUUUUCUGGGAGUGAGCGGUUCCCAGAUUGCCCUUCAAUGUUAAGUUGGAAGAAUGCGAUUUUGUUUUCAGUAGAUCUGUUAGUUGUAAAACUGUCUUGAAAACUCGGACUCAAACACUCAUACUCAGAGCUGGGAUAAGAACUGGUAUUUUUCACCUCUGCAUCUUUCUUCUAAUUAUCCUUCUAAGAAUAUCAAAGGAUGUGGAAGCACUUAAACUUUGAGUCUUUCCAACUAAGCCCUCUCAGACCCAAAU